AGAGAAUUUGUCCUACACGCGCGGGUAUCAUUCGAGCACAGUAAGUGAGUGGGAUUCAGAUCGUACCACUGCUGUUGCUGGCAGGCUGGCUCCGGAGUGAGUGCAGAAAUUCGCGAGUGGAAGGACGUGAAGAAAAAAAAAAAAGUUGAUAAAAAUUUACGUUCUGGUUUACAUAUCUUUUAAAAUUAGGCUAAUUGUGAUAAAUUUGCGUCUUUGUUAACUAUCGCUAACCUUCUCCGGCACUGGGUGCAUGAGAAUGCCUGUAAAAAUAGCCUCGACACGGGUACCACAAUGUAUGUAGUGAAAAAUGUUCUAUCGUCACAGCCCGCACUGGGGUGUGUUUAUUUUAGCGAGCUCAGCCAUUUUGGAAAAUGAUUUUUCUUCGAAUUCAUGAAAAUGCGUACGGCAGCGUAGAAGAAAUUUUUAGUAAAUGGUGUGAUUUAAUGUUAGGAUAAUCGAAUUAAUCGCCGUGUUUAAAUAGUAAAAUUAAUCCAGAAGAAGGAUUGUGGAAUGAGUAGAAGCCGUCGUUCUUCAUUCGGGCAUACCCAUUACCAGCAUCAGUUCACUGUUACUUCAACGAUCAACUACGGCGACGGAUUGAGUGAUAGUGGAACUACUGUUCCGCAAAAUGACGCUCCAUCCCCAUCGCGAUUUAGUGAAUCCUCCUACUCGAAUCUCGGGACCCGUUUGACGGCAUUUGUGGCACCUGCCACCAAUGAAGGUUAUCGAAACGAUGAAAGUUUGCGGCCCUGCUGUAUGGCGGCGGCUGCAGCAGCAGCUGCUGCUGCGGCAGCGACAGCCCCACCAGCACCAUCUUUUGCAACAACAUCGUCGAGCGAUCGAUAUUCGACGAACUCUGCCCCCACAUCCAUUAUCGCUUAUCCUGAUAACAGAAAUGCUCCCCAUCAUCGUUCAAUGUCGCCUAGCUCCCGAACACGUUAUCCAGCCCCGGAACGGUUUCGUGAUCCUCCAACCCCAAAAACUGAUCAAUAUGGAAAAUACUUGAUUAACAAUCCUCCCUUGAUGACCAACUCGGAUAGCUACAGUUACUUAACUUCCACUGUACAUACACCUGUUAAGCGUUAUAUUCCGACGCCUCCACCACCGGAGAAGUACCACCAGCAGGAAUUGGGCAUAGGACCGUCACUGAUGGCCGGAUUGAUCGCUUCGAAAGGAGGAAUCAAUAUCAUAAAUCAAGCUGCGUCGAGAGUCUCGUCUGUAAGUACUCUUCCCUAUUGUUUGAAAACGGAGCCAAAAAAUUCGAAAGUUCAAAAUCUGACCGAAGAUUCAACUGACCACUACGCAACUCCGCCUCGCGCUAAACCUGUAAAAUGCCAGCAACCAUUGUGUGCGUUCAGCCAAACGGCUACACUUGGCCGGCAAUCGCGUCAGCUAUGUCCUGCCACCCCCGAUUAUUCUCUGCUUCGUACUCCUACUCCUGUAAGCAUCAUGAGCGAGCCAAUGGCAGCUAAUUUAACCGAUGAGGAAAAUUGCUUCCACUGUAGCACCCUACGGCGAGCCACUGGAGUGCACCAAACAACCCAGACCUCCGGCCCAAUCAGUCCCCAGCCGCUGUCCAUUUCGUCAGUGUCCAUGUCGGAGAUGGAACGCCAAUCUCCGCUGAGCCCACCGUCUAUAGUGUCGCACACCUCCUACUCCCAUCAGCACCCACUGCUUGCACCGCGCGAGGAUGGCCGAAACUCGUCCUCCCUAAUCAUCUCCCAAUCGCAUACGCUCAACAGUUCCUGUAGCAACCCAUCCAUUAUAAUCCAGUAUCAACAACAACAUAUACAGCACCAGCAGAUACAGCAGCAGCCUCUCUAUCAACAGCUCCAGCAACUACAACAGCAGCAACAAUCGCUACCACUCCAGCAAAUAUCGAACCCUAGACUGCAAGCAGACUCAACACCUUCGACACUCCAACGCAAUACACAACCCAGUCGAGCAAGAUUAUCGCACAAGCAGCGGGUCAAGGAAUAUCUACGCCGCAGCACUUCCCAGUUCUUUGGUGUUGAUCAGUUGAACGAAGAUUACGAACAACAGAAAUGGGAGGAUCGCCAGAAGCGACUCGCAGUUCGUCGAUUCGGCGCAUUAAAAGAAGACGUUAGUCCCCGCGUCAACGAGGUGCAUAAUGAUAUCCUAACCGAACACAGUGAUCGUCCCGAUGUGCUACCGGCUGCCGGUCAAGACGAACCAGAAACGGAGCAGAACCGUCGCCAGCGGUUCAAUCCAUACUACCGGCAUGACGGUACCGACGGAUGCCACAUCGAGCGAAAACCAACUGUUUCUCAAAUGAUUGGCAACGGGUUCGUGUUUGUUGUACAAAGCUUGCGAAAUCGAAUUUCCCGAAGGCAGAAGCAGUGGUCCAGAAGUUUUGCUCCGGCACACGUGGCUCUGAACAAUGACGACAACGAUGUGUGUGAUGGGCUGACACCAAUUCACGACGACGAGCUGUUUUUCGACAUACCAACGGUGGCCAAUCAACAGCAAAUUGAGAAUGACCUCGAGUCGGACCAGUCCCGGCAAAUUUACAUGGCGGACGCGAAUCGUGCCCCGGUUAGCAAUGGGUGGCUCACGCGUUCGGCAGAGAUUCAAAUUCAGCAGCAGCACCCACCGCGUGCUAGGAAUGCGUUGUACCAAUACUACGGACAGCGAAUUACAACGCAUAUUCUCGACAGCGUUCUGGACAACUCCAGACGUUUGUCGCAUCACAAUAUCAAGCUGUUACUGCCAAAUGCACUGGACGAUCGGUACGAUCAUAGACCAUUUUUUACCUGCUGGGUGAAUACGACACAAGUGCUGGUCUUGCUUUUGAUGUUGUUAUGUUAUGGAAUUGGGCCGAUAGGAAUCGGCUACGAGCAGAAGAGUGCACAGGUUUUGGUUACGAGCUUAAGUUUGCAAACGGUGCAACAUUAUGAGCAACGAAAUGUUUGGAUCGGACCACGAGGUGAAGAUUUAGUUCACGUGGGAGCAAAGUAUGCAGCAUGCAUGCGCAGGGACACCAAGGUGAUGGAAUUGAUUUCGAAAACUCGAAAGCAGGAACGGGAAACUGCAUGCUGUAUACGAAACGACGAUUCCGGAUGUGUUCAAAGUUCGCAAGCGGAUUGUUCCGUUCGCGGGCUGUGGCCUACGACUAUAUCGACGUGGAAGAAGUGGUCCCCAGGAGAUUCGGGCCCCGGCGGACGCAUAUCCGGAAGUGUUUGCGGCCUGGAUCCAAAAUACUGCGAAGCUCCGGCAUCCAUAGCACCUCACGAAUGGCCAGACGACAUAACGAAGUGGCCUAUCUGUAGGAAAAAUAAUCAAGUUUCGCAAAAGUUUCGCUUCAAAGAUCACACGGCAGAGCACAUGGUCUGCGAAGUUAUAGGUCACCCGUGCUGUGUCGGUAUAUCCGGAGAGUGCCGCAUUACCACCCGCGAGUACUGUGAUUUCGUGCGAGGAUACUUUCACGAAGAGGCCUCGUUGUGUUCACAGGUUUCUUGCUUGAAUGACGUGUGCGGCAUGUAUCCGUUUAUUGCAACCGACAUUCCCGAUCAGUUCUACAGACUGUUCACGUCACUGUACCUUCACGCCGGUAUAAUGCACGUUGUGCUAACCUUUGCCUUCCAGCACAUUCUCCUAUCGGAUCUGGAGCGUUUGCUGGGUUCACUUCGGACGGCGAUCUUGUACAUUGGUUCCGGCAUUGCGGGCAACCUCAGUAGUGCAAUUUUCACACCGUAUAGACCGGAGGUCGGUCCACUGCCAUCGCUAGCGGGAACGCUUGCCUCGCUGCUGACGCUGUUGAUCCUUUGCCACUGGCGCGGCCUAAAGCGACCUCAUCUGGCAUUGCUGAAACUUUUCGUUAUCGGUGUUUUGGUCUUCGGGAUGGGUUCGCUGCCGUGGCAGCAAAAUUUUACCGGCUUGGUGGCUGGUGCGCUCUUUGGAAUGACCUUCACCCUUGCCCUCACGCCGUACGUCCACGUGAGGAGAUACAGCAGAAAACGGAAGAUAAACCUUAUAUGGACCUGCUUCGUUCUUCAAUUCGUACUAUACGCGUUUAUGUUCCUAGUGUUCUACCUAUUUUCGGCACCAUUUUCACUCAGCUUCGUUGACGGAAACCAGAUCGCCAGUGUGAACGAUAACGGCGGUUUGCACGAUCACUUUAAUCCGUACGAUACGUUCAACUAUUUCAACACCAAGAACACCGAUAGCACAGGAUCGCCCGGAUCGGGUUCGGGAAGUGGCAGCGGAUCGUCGGGAGGGUCGGGACGUGGCGAAGGCGCUGGCCGAUACGGCAACGGGGGUGGUGCUAUCAGUAUGUCAGGUGGCACGAUUAAAAACAUUAACCCGAAAUACAAUAAUAUACAUAGUAGCAGCAGUACCGGAGCCAACGGUGGUAGUACUAAUCUCAACGCUAGACCCAACAGCCAUACUCAUAAACUGGUAGCUAUAUGUGAGAAAGGACAGUGCAAUCCACGCCCGAACGCAUGACGUCAAUGUGUAUUAUAGUUUAUUACUCCACUGCAGCUGGUUUACGUUCUUUCCAUUCUGGGUAUGACUAUUGUAACGUUACACGAUAACGAAUAUAUACUGAUAUACUUAUAUAUUGAAGAAUAAAGGAUCGCUGGAAGAGAAAGCUCAUGUACACGUCAGAUUUGGUGGAAAA